UGGUCGGUUUUUUUCUCUCUCCUCUCUUUCCCCCCACCUCCAUCUCUCUCCACUGUACGAUAAACGAGGAGGGGCUUGACGCCGUGGAGGAGGCAGGCAGGCAGGCAGGCUGAGCUGACCCGCUUGCGGUGUGUGUCGCCUCGCCUACAUCCAAGCCAGCUCGCAUGCGUUAAGGAGUGAGAGACAUCAGGUGUAUAGGUCGGUGAGGCCCUUAUACAACCCACCAAGAUGGUGGCCUUAUCAUUGAAGAUUUGUGUCCGCCAGUGCAAUGUGGUGAAGACGAUGCAGUUUGAACCGUCCACCCCUGUGUAUGAUGCCUGCAGAAUCAUUAGAGAGAGAGUCCCAGAGGCCCAAACGGGACAAGCCUCAGAUUACGGCCUGUUCCUGUCUGACGACGAUCCCAGGAAAGGAAUCUGGCUUGAGUCUGGGAGAACCCUAGAUUACUACAUGCUACGAAAUGGAGAUGUCUUGGAGUAUAAGAAGAAACAGAGGCCGCAGAAGAUCAAAAUGCUGGAUGGCGCAAUUAAAACCAUCAUGGUGGAUGACUCAAAAACAGUUGGCGAGCUGCUUGUCACCAUAUGUAGUAGAAUAGGAAUCACCAACUAUGAGGAGUACUCCCUCAUUCAAGAGAUGACAGAGGACAAGAAGGAGGACGGGAUGGGGACCCUCAAGAAAGACAGAACUCUGCUGCUACGAGACGAGAGGAAGAUGGAAAAGCUCAAAGCCAAACUGCACACAGAUGAUGAUCUGAACUGGCUGGACCACAGCAGAACCUUCAGAGAGCAGGGAGUGGAAGAAAGUGAGACUCUGCUGCUCAGGCGCAAGUUCUUCUAUUCGGACCAGAAUGUGGACUCACGGGACCCCGUCCAGCUAAACCUGCUUUAUGUCCAGGCUAGGGAUGAUAUAUUGAAUGGAUCCCACCCUGUCUCCUUUGAUAAAGCCUGUGAGUUUGCAGGGAUCCAGGCUCAGAUCCAGUUCGGACCCCAUGCGGAGCACAAACACAAGCCUGGUUUCCUGGACCUGAAGGAGUUCCUACCUAAAGAGUACAUCAAGCAAAGAGGGUCCGAGAAGAAAAUAUUCCAAGAUCAUAAAAACUGUGGAGAGAUGACAGAGAUUGAAGGGAAAGUGAAGUAUGUGAAGCUUGCCAGGUCCCUGCAGACAUAUGGAGUUUCUUUUUUCCUGGUGAAGGAAAAGAUGAAGGGUAAAAAUAAACUGGUCCCGCGGCUGCUCGGGAUAACCAAGGAGUCAGUGAUGCGAGUGGAUGAGAAGACGAAGGAUGUGGUGCAGGAAUGGCCUCUGACAACAGUCAAGAGAUGGGCAGCCUCCCCCAAGAGCUUCACCUUGGAUUUUGGAGAGUACCAGGAAAGUUACUACUCUGUUCAGACUACAGAGGGAGAGCAGAUAUCCCAACUUAUUGCUGGAUACAUUGACAUCAUUCUGAAAAAGAAACAGAGUAAGGAUCGCUUUGGUCUUGAGGGAGAUGAAGAAUCCACUAUGCUGGAGGAAUCGGUUUCACCAAAGAAGUCCACAAUUUUGCAGCAGCAGUUUAAUCGGGUAGGUCGUGUGGAGCACGGCUCAGUAGCCCUUCCGGGUAUAAUUCGGUCUGGGUCUACUGGGGGUCCCGACACCUUCAAUAUGGGCACGAUGCCGUCAGCCCAGCAGCAAAUCACCACAGGCCAGAUGCACAGAGGACACAUGCCUCCACUGAGUCUGGCCCAGCAGGCCCUGAUGGGGACCAUCAACAGCAGUAUGCAGGCUGUGCAGCAGGCUCAGGCUGACCUGGGACAUGUAGAUAAUCUGCCUCCACUGGGCCACGACUUAGCAUCCAGGGUUUGGGUUCAGAACAAAGUGGAUGAAUCCAAACAUGAAAUCCACUCUCAGGUCGAUGCCAUUACCGCUGGAACAGCAUCUGUGGUCAAUCUCACUGCAGGUGAGCCCACAGAAACUGACUACACAGCAGUGGGCUGCGCCAUCACCACCAUCUCCUCCAACCUCACGGAAAUGUCUAAGGGUGUCAAGCUGCUCGCGGCGUUAAUGGACGAUGAGGUGGGCAGUGGACACAAGCUCAUGGGUGCUGCCAGGAUGCUGGCAGGAGCUGUGUCAGAUCUGCUCAGAUCUGUUGAGCCUGCAGCCGCUGAGCCCAGACAGACGGUGCUGACUGCAGCCGGAAGCAUUGGACAGGCCAGCGGGGACCUGCUCCGCCACAUGGGGGAGGGCGAGACUGAUGAGAAGUUCCAGGACACUCUGAUGAAUCUGGCCAAAGCAGUGGCCAAUGCAGCUGCUAUGUUAGUCCUGAAGGCCAAGAACGUGGCCCAGGUGGCCGAGGACACCAUAUUGCAGAACCGGGUGAUCGCAGCUGCCACUCAGUGCGCCCUGUCCACCUCACAGCUGGUAGCCUGCACCAAGGUGGUGAGUCCGACCAUCAGCUCCCCAGUGUGUCAGGAGCAGCUUGUUGAGGCCGGGAAGCUGGUGGACCGUUCUGUGGAAACCUGUGUCAAAGCUUGCCGCUCGGCCAGUGACGAUGGCGAGCUGCUCAAGCAAGUUGGGGCAGCAGCUGGUGUGGUGAGCCAGGCUCUCAGCGACCUACUGCAACAUGUCCGCCACUACGCCAGCUGCGGAGAGCCCAUCGGACGCUACGACCAGGCAACAGACACAAUUAUGAACGUGACUGAAAACAUUUUUACUUCCAUGGGUGAUGCUGGAGAGAUGGUGCGUCAGGCCCGGGUGUUAGCCCAAGCCACGUCUGACUUGGUUAAUGCCAUGAGAUCAGACGCCGAAGCAGAAGUUGAUGUUGACAACUCCAAGAAGCUCCUCGCUGCAGCUAAACUCCUGGCUGAUGCCACGGCUCGGAUGGUGGAGGCUGCUAAGGGGGCGGCCGCCUACCCAGAGAAUGAAGACCAGCAGCAGAGGCUCAGAGAGGCAGCCGAGGGGCUACGUGUUGCCACUAAUGCUGCCGCUCAGAACGCAAUAAAGAAAAAACUGGUCAACAGGCUGGAGAUAGCUGCAAAGCAGGCAGCGGCUGCUGCUACUCAGACGAUCGCAGCUGCCCAAAAUGCUGCUGCUUCCAACAAAAAUACUGUUUCACAUCAACAGUUAGUCCACAGCUGCAAGGCUGUAGCAGACAGUAUCCCUCAGUUGGUGCAAGGGAUGAGGAGCAGCCAGGCCCAGCCAGAGGAGCUGGGCCCCCAGCUUGCCCUCAUCAUGGCCAGUCAGAGUUUCUUACAGCCUGGAAGUAAGAUGGUGGCAUCAGCCAAGUCAGCAGUGCCGACAGUGGCGGACCAGGCUGCUGCUAUGCAACUGGGCCAGUGUGCCAAGAAUUUGGCUACCUGCUUGGCGGAGCUCAGGACCGCCACCCAGAAGGCCCACGAAGCCUGUGGUCCUCUGGAGAUUGACUCCGCCCUCAAAACCGUCCAGACCCUCAAGAGUGAGCUUCAGGAUGCCAAGAUGUCUGUCAUUGAUGGUCAGCUCAAACCUCUUCCAGGGGAAACGCUGGAAAAGUGUGCUCAGGAUUUGGGAAGUACAUCGAAGGCUGUGGGCUCCUCCAUGGCCCAGCUGCUCACAUGUGCUGCACAGGGAAAUGAACAUUAUACAGGUGUUGCUGCUAGAGAAACAGCCCAGGCUUUAAGGACAUUGGCUCAAGCAGCCAGAGGUGUGGCAGCCAGCACCAAGGAGCCUCAGGCUGCAGCUGCGAUGCUGGACUCCGCCCAGUGUGUGAUGGAAGGCUCGGCCAUGCUGAUCCACGAAGCCCAUCAGGCCUUGGUUCAUCCAGGAGAUGCUGAGAGUCAGCAAAGACUGGCACAGGUGGCCAAAGCAGUGUCACACUCCCUGAAUAAUUGUGUGAAUUGCCUGCCAGGCCAGAAGGAUGUUGACAUGGCCCUGCGGAGCAUCGGAGAGGCCAGUAAGAAGCUGCUAGUGGACUUUUUGCCUCCCUGCAGUAAGACAUUCCAGGAGGCCCAGACUGAUCUGAACCACACAGCAGCUGAACUCAACCACUCUGCAGGCGAGGUCGUCCACUCCUCUCGCGGUACAAGCAGCCAGCUGGCUGCGGCCUCCGGAAAGUUUAGCCAAGACUUUGAUGAGUUCCUGGAUGCCGGCAUUGAGAUGGCAGGACACACCCAAAGCAAGGAUGACCAGAUCCAAGUCAUUGGUAAUCUGAAGAACAUCUCUAUGGCAUCCAGUAAGCUGCUACUGGCUGCCAAGUCUCUGUCUGUGGAUCCAGGUGCAGCGAAUGCGAAGAAUCUUCUAGCUGUGGCAGCAAGGGCGGUGACAGAGAGUAUUAACCAGCUGAUAACACUCUGUACCCAGCAAGCAGCGGGACAAAAGGAGUGUGACAACGCCUUGAGGGAAUUGGAGGCUGUCAGAGGCCUUUUAGAUAACCCCAAUGAGCCUGUCAACGAACUCUCCUACUUUGACUGCAUCGAGAGCGUCAUGGAGAACUCAAAGGUCCUCGGAGAGUCGAUGGCAGGCAUUUCUCAACACUGUAAGACAGGUGAUGUGGUCGCCUUUGGGGAGAGCGUGGGCUUGGCGUCCAAAGCUCUGUGUGGGCUGACGGAGGCUGGAGGACAGGCCUCUUAUCUUGUAGGCGUUUCUGAUCCCAAUAGUCAGUCAGGCCACGAGGGACUGGUGGAUCCCAUUCAGUUUGCACGAGCCCAUCAAGCCAUACAGAUGGCUUGUCAGAAUUUAGUGGACCCAGCCAGCAGUCCCUCACAGGUCUUGUCUGCAGCAACAAUUGUAGCCAAGCACACCUCAGCUCUCUGUAACGCUUGCCGUCUGGCUUCUUCUAAAACCUCCAACCCCGUGGCAAGGAGACAGUUUGUCCAGUCAGCCAAAGAGGUGGCCAACACUACAGCCAACCUCGUCAAAACCAUCAAGGCAUUAGACGGGGAUUUUUCUGAGGAGAACAGAAACAGGUGCCGUGUUGCUACAACCCCCCUCCUCGAGGCUGUAGAAAACCUGUCAACCUUUGCCAACAACCCCGAGUUUGCAAGCAUCCCUGCUCAGAUCAGCAAUGAGGGCUCAGCAGCACAGGAGCCCAUUGUGCGUUCAGCCCGCUCCAUGCUCGAUAGCUCCACGUACCUUUUAGAAACCGCCCGCUCGUUGGUCCUCAACCCCAAAGAUCCCCCGACCUGGUCCAUCCUCGCUGGCCACUCCAGGACGGUUUCUGACUCAAUCAAGAGUCUCAUCACCUCCAUUAGGGACAAGGCACCAGGACAGAGGGAGUGUGAUUACUCCAUUGAUAACAUCAAUAAGUGUAUCCGGGACAUUGAGCAAGCUUCCCUCGCUGCAGUUGGACAGACCCUGCCCUGCAGAGAUGAUAUCUCCAUGGAAGCGCUCCAGGAGCAGCUGACGUCCUCUGUGCAGGAGAUUGGUCAUCUGAUUGAUCCCGUCUCCACAGCAGCCCGAGGUGAAGCUGCCCAACUAGGACACAAGGUGACUCAGCUGGCAAGUUACUUUGAUCCGUUGAUUGUGGCAUCGGUAGGCCUGACCUCUAAGCUGCACGACCACCAGCAGCAGAUGACAAUCCUGGACCAGACCAAGACUCUGUCCGAGUCGGCCCUGCAGAUGUUGUACGCUGCCAAAGAAGGAGGAGGAAACCCAAAGGCUUCUCAUACCCACGAUGCCAUCUCUGAAGCCGCACAGCUGAUGAAGGAGGCUGUGGAUGACAUCAUGGUGACUUUGAAUGAGGCGGCUAGUGAGGGUGGCAUGGUCGGAGGCAUGGUGGAGUCCAUCGCUGAGUGCAUGGGCAGGCUGGAUGAAGGAACACCUCCUGAACCCGAAGGCUCCUUUGUGGACUACCAGACCACCAUGGUGAAGUUCUCCAAAGCCAUCGCCAUCACUGCACAAGAGAUGAUGACGAAGUCAGUAACCUGCCCUGAAGAGCUCGGUGGUCUUGCCUCUCAGGUGACUGUGGACUAUGGACAGUUAGCGCAACAAGGACGUCUUGCUGCAGCCACUGCAGAGCCAGAGGAGGUUGGCUUCCAGAUAAAGACGCGGGUGCAAGAAUUGGGCCAUGGCUGUAUCUACCUGGUACAGAAGGCUGGAGCCCUGCAGCUCAGCCCCACUGACAGCUUCUCCAAAAGGGAGCUCAUCGAGUGUGCGCGUGCAGUCACCGAGAAGGUGUCCUUGGUACUGUCAGCACUGCAAGCGGGAAACAAAGGCACCCAGGCCUGUAUCACAGCAGCCAGUGCUGUUUCUGGAAUUAUUGCUGACCUGGACACCACCAUCAUGUUCGCCUCUGCUGGAACACUGAACCCUGAAAAUGAAGAGUCUUUUGCUGACCACAGGGAAAGCAUCUUAAAGACCGCCAAGGCACUGGUAGAGGACACCAAGCUGCUGGUUGCUGGAGCUGCAUCCAGCCAGGAGAAACUGGCCCAGGCUGCCCAGUCUUCAGCCAAGACUAUCACUCAGCUCACUGAGGUGGUCAAGCUGGGAGCAACCAGCAUGGGCUCUGAGGACCCUGAGACACAGGUGGUUCUGAUAAACGCGGUGCGGGAUGUGGCCAAGGCUCUGGCCGAACUCAUCAGUGCCACCAAAUGUGCCGCCGGCAAACCAGCUGACGAUCCGUCCAUGUAUCAGCUGAAGAGCGCUGCCAAGGUCAUGGUGACCAACGUGACGUCUCUUCUAAAAACAGUGAAGGCAGUGGAGGAUGAAGCAACUCGUGGGACGAGGGCACUGGAGGCCACCAUUGAGUGCAUCAAGCAGGAGCUGACAGUGUUCCAGUCCAAGGACGUCCCAGACAAGGCCACCUCACCUGAAGAGUUUACCCGCAUGACAAAGGGCAUCACCGUAGCAACAGCCAAGGCAGUGGCCGCAGGCAACUCGGCUCAGCAGGAGGAUGUGAUCGCCACUGCCAACCUGAGCCGCAAAGCCAUCUCUGAUAUGCUGACUACCUGCAAGCAAGCAGCUUUCCACCCUGAAGUGAGUGAGGAAUUAAAGAGCAAGGCCCUGCAGUAUGGCUCAGAGUGUACCACCGGAUACAUCAACCUUCUGGAGCAAGUGCUGCAGGUGCUGCAGAAGCCAACACCGGAGCAGAAGCAGCAGCUGGCUGUACACUCAAAGCAUGUGGCGGCGUGUGUGACAGAGCUCGUCCAGACAGCUGAGGCCAUGAAAGGAUCAGAAUAUGUGGACCCCGAGGACCCAACGGUCAUCGCUGAGACUGAACUCCUCGGAGCAGCAGCGUCCAUUGAAGCAGCAGCCAAGAAACUAGAGCAGCUGAAACCCAGAGCUAAGCCCAAGCAGGCAGAUGAGACGCUGGAUUUUGAGGAGCAGAUCUUAGAAGCAGCCAAGUCCAUCGCUGCAGCAACCAGUGCUCUAGUUAAAUCUGCAUCUGCAGCUCAGAGAGAACUGGUGGCACAAGGCAAGGUUGGAUCCAAUCUAGCCAAUGCAGUAGAUGAUGGCCAGUGGUCACAAGGUCUCAUAUCAGCUGCACGUAUGGUAGCAGCAGCCACCAGUAACCUGUGCGAGGCAGCUAAUGCUUCAGUGCAGGGCCACGCCAGUGAGGAGAAGCUCAUCUCCUCAGCCAAACAGGUCGCAGCUUCCACAGCUCAGCUGCUGGUGGCCUGCAAGGUGAAGGCAGACCAGGAUUCUGCCAUGAGGAGACUGCAGGCUGCUGGUAAUGCCGUGAAGCGAGCUUCAGACAAUCUUGUCAAGGCGGCUCAGAAAGCAGCAUUUGACAAGAAUGAGGAUGACAGCGUCGUGGUAAAGACCAAAUUCGUCGGGAAUAGCGCAGGUGAGACAAAAUCCUGGGAGAAUGUUUGUAUUAGGCCUGGAAAUGAAUCAUUCCUACUGCGUGUCGUGACCUUUUCACUGACUGUUACUGAAUGUUUGCACCUCUCGCUGAUGUGCCAAAAUGCCACAGUUGUUUUUCUGAAGCUGUGAUGAGCUGCUGUGGAUAAACAGCCCAUCAGCUUUGUUUCAAUGCUGUUUACCUGCUUUGCUAGACAUUCAUAGCUGCAAACGUCACAUCUCUUGAAGACUUUUAACGUUUUUCUGUUACAGCAGAUAAUUUGCUUCCUUUUCAUCUUUGAAAAACGAAAAAGGAAAUAUCAACAGUAAUGACGCUGUCUUUAUUAUCUUUUUUUUUACUCUGGCAUUGCCACAAGAAGUUUCUGGGUCCCUGUCUCCGUCAGACGUGAGCUCCAGCUGGGCUUCAACUUGUCACUGUUUUUCCAUUUUACCAGGAAUGCUUACUGCGUCAUUGAUGUCUGAUCAUUUUCAUAACUAGGGGGCUGUCUCAUUUAAUUAAAAAUUCACUAUUCCUACUACUGCCAAUAAUUUUUAUGUGAAAACAACUGGCACAAAGACAAUGUGAGGAUUUCUGUGAUUCCUCUGUAAAUCGCUGUGUUAAAAAUUAUAACCUUCACAAAAAUGAGGAUUAUAUUUUCUGCAAAAAGUCACAGAACGAAUGUAAAACAUUUUGGUUGUUUUGGCUCCAUACUCCUGAAUACUGGAAUCGAAGUGAAAUUGCAAUUCUUGAGAUUUA